AGAAAAGCUUCUAGAGCAGGAGGGGACCUGAGGGGUUACCCAUGAAGACUUGUUUCUAACAGAAAAGUGGAAGUUUUCAGAAAAGCCUUGGACUGGUUGUGACCCACUGCUGAAACCAGCGUGACUAAGAGUUCAGACACUAAAAUGACCAGGAAACCUUUUAUCAUGGCAAGAGGAGGCCACUAUGCCCAGUAGCUGCCUACCCCUGAUGUUCUGACUAAGUAGGUCUGGGGAGCCUGAGAACUUGCAUUUCCAACCAGCUUCCGGGAAGGUGACGCUGCUGGCCUGGAGUCACAUUUUGACAGCACUGCACUAGGAAGAAAGCUGAAGCUUGGAUAUGAGUGAACAAGUAACUCGGCCUGAAAUGACCAAAGACUGGACCAAGGAGCAUGUGAAAAAAUGGGUAAUCGAAGACCUUAAGAUUGAUGAGAAAUAUGGACAGAUUCUGCUCAAGGAAGAAGUGACAGGAUUUGUCCUGCAGGAAUUAACUGAGAAGGACCUUAUAGAGAUGGGGUUACCACGGGGUCCAGCACUUUUGAUAAAACGUAUGUAUAACAAAUUAAAUAAUAAUUUCCCUGAAAGUGACAGUCAGGAUUCUGGACAAUUAGAUCAUAAAAAACCCUCCCAAAAGAAACACCCCAAAAAGCCAAAACAGACACAAAAGGAAGAGGAAAAUUCAGUGUCAUCCAAUAUUGAUGACGAUCUCAGAGGGAUCAGAGAUGCCAAAGAACAAGUGCCAACUCUUAUGAAAGAAAAUGCAAUAGCCGAAACAGCGAACCCUAAAGACAAGAAAAAGAACAAGCCAAACAUGGGACAGCCAACUUGUAUGCCAUAUCCUUUUGAUGAGUUCCACAACAGCCAUCGUUACAUAGAACAUUGUAUUCUGCAACCUGAAACAGGGCCACUCAAUCUCAUUGACCCAAUACAUGAGUUCAAAGCACUCACAAAUACAGACACAGCCACCAAAGAGGACAUUAUGAUGAAAUUCAGCAAUGAGGUCUUCCGAUUUGCAUCAGCAUGUAUGAAUUCACGCACCAAUGGUACCAUCCAUUUUGGGGUCAAGGACAAACCACACGGAGAGAUUGUUGGUGUGAAAGUCACCAGUAAGGAUGCCUUCAUCGACCACUUCAAUCACAUGAUCAAAAAGUAUUUUGAAGAAUCUGAGAUCAACCAAGCCAAGAAGUGUAUCCGGGAACCAAGGUUUGUGGAAGUCCUACUGCAGAACAGCACACCAUCCGACAGAUUUGUCAUUGAAGUAGAUACUGUCCCCAAACACUCUGUGUGUAAAGAUAAGUAUUUCUACAUUCAGAUGCAAAGCUGCACAAAUAAAGUAUGGAAACAAAACCAAGAUAAUUCACUGUUUGUAAGAGAAGGGGCUAGCUCUAAGGAUAUCUUGGCCAAUGUCAAGCGACGGGAUGUGGAUUUUAAAGAAUUUUUACGAAGCUUGAAGUCAUUGACAGCAUCUAGAAAAGAGGCUGAGGAAGAAUAUGGAAUGAAGGCAACGAGGAAGGAGAGUGAAGGCCUAAAGCUGGUUAAACUUCUCAUCGGAAACCGAGACUCCCUGGAUAAUUCAUACUAUGACUGGUACAUUCUUGUCACAAAUAAAUGCCAUUCAAACCAAAUCAAACAGUUAGAUUUCCUAAAGGAAAUUAAAUGGUUUGCGGUGUUGGAGUUUGAUCCUGAAUCAAGGGUCAAUGGAGUGGUCAAAGUUUACAGAGAGAGCCGAGUGGCAAACCUUCACUUUCCAAGUCAGUAUGUAGAGAAGACAGCCAACCUGAGCGAGAAGAUCUCUGCUCUGAAUCUCUAUGAGCAGCCCAGCUGGGUGUUCUGCAAUGGCAGGUCAGACUUGAAAAGCGACACAUAUAGACCUCUGGACCCACACUUAUGGCAGAGAGAAAGAGCUGCUGAAGUCAGGAAGCUGAUCUCAUUCCUCACAGAUGAAAACAUAAUGACAAGAGGGAAAUUUCUGGUUGUGUUUCUAUUACUCUCUUCAGUGGAAAGCCCAGGAGAUCCACUCAUUGAAACUUUCUGGGCUUUCUAUCAAGCUCUCAACGGGAUGGAAAAUAUGUUGUGCAUCUGUGUAAGUUCACAGAUUCAUCAGCGCUGGAAAGAUCUGCUACAAACAAGACUGAGGAUGGAAGAUGAAUUAGUAAACCACAGUAUUUCCACUUUAAAUAUAGAACAGGUGAACAGCACCAUCCUUAAGCUAAAAUCGGUAACUCAGUCAUCAAGAAGGUUUUUGCCCUCCCAGGGAUCUUCUUCAGUUAUUCUAGAGAAAAAGAAAGAGGACAUCUUGACUGCAUUAGAAAUUCUCUGUGAAAACGAGUGUAGAGACACAGACAUAGAGAAAGAUAGAUCCAAGUUCUUGGAAUUUAAGAAGUCAAAAGAAGAGCACUUCUAUCGAGGCGGCAAAGUCUCCUGGUGGAACUUCUAUUUUUCCUCUGAGAACUAUUCUUCAGCUUUUGUGAAAAGGGACAGCUAUGAAAAGCUCAGAGAGUUAAUACACUGCUGGGCAGAGUCUCCCAAACCGAUAUUUGCAAAAAUUAUCAAUCUUUAUCACCAUCCGGGCUGCGGGGGUACCACGCUGGCUAUGCAUGUUCUCUGGGACCUAAAGAGGAAUUUCAGAUGUGCCGUGUUAAAAAACAAGGCAACUGAUUUUGCAGAAAUUGGAGAACAAGUGACCAGACUGAUCACAUACAAGGCAAACAGCCCUCAGGAUUACAUUCCUGUGCUUCUGCUUGUGGAUGAUUUUGAAGAACAAGAAAACAUCUACGUCCUGCAAAAUGCGAUUCACUCCAUUUUAACAGAUAAGGACUUGAGAUAUGAAAAGACACUGGUAAUCAUCUUAAACUGCAUGAGAUCCCGGAAUCCAGAUGAAAGUGCAAAAUUAGCAGACAGUAUUGCACUGAAAUAUCAACUUUCUGCCAAGGAACAAAGAGCCUUUGAGGCCAAACUGGAGGAGAUUGAAAAGCAGCACAAGAACUGCGAAAACUUUUAUUCCUUCAUGAUCAUGAAGAGCAAUUUUGAUGAAACAUAUAUAGAAAACGUAGUCAGGAACAUCCUCAAGGGACAGGAUGCUGACAGCAAGGAAGCUCAGCUCAUCUCCUUCCUGGCUUUGCUCAACUCCUACGUGACUGACUCUACAAUUUCCAUGUCGCAGUGUGAACAGUUUUUGGGCAUCAUCUGCGCUAGUACAGCCUGGGAACUGGAAAGCCUGGAAGAUAAGAUGGGAACCUAUUCUACACUUCUGAUAAACACGGAAGUUGCGGAGUAUGGGAGGUACACUGGUGUGCGCAUCAUCCACCCCCUGAUUGCCAUGUGCUGCCUGAAAGAACUGGAGACGAGCUACCACCUGGACAAAUGUCAGAUCGCACUGAGGAUACUGGAGGAGAAUUUGUUCUAUGAUUAUGGAAUAGGAAAAGACAAAUUUCAACAUGACGUUCAAACUCUUCUGCUUACAAGACAGCGCAAGGAGCACGGAGAUGAGAUGGACACCUUGUUUUCCCCAUUGAUGGAAUCUUUACCAAAUAAAGACAUUGAAAAGGUCUUGACUGCAGGAAGUACUCGAUUCCCACAAAAUGCAUUCAUCUGCCAAGCCUUAGCAAGACAUUUCUACAUUAAAGAGAAGGAUUUUAACACUGCACUGGACUGGGCACACCAGGCCAAAAAGAGAGCCCCCCAAAAUUCGUAUAUCUCAGACACACUCGGGCAAGUCUACAAAAGUGAAAUCAAAUGGUGGCUGGAUGAAAACAGAAACUGCAGGAGCAUCACUGUGAACGAUCUAACACAUUUCCUAGAGGUUGCCGAAAAGGCCUCCAGAGCAUUCAAGGAAUCCCAAAAGCAAACGGACAGUAAAGACUAUGAGACCGAGGCCUGGUCACCACAGAAGUCCCAGAGGAGAUAUGACAUGUACAACACAUCUUGCUUCUUGGGUGAGAUAGAAGUCACUUUUUACGCUAUCCAGAUUCUGCAGCUCACUCCCUUCUUCCACAAAGAAAAUGAAUCAUCCAAAAAACUGAUGGUACAGUUUUUGUCAGGAAAGGGCACGAUUCCUCCCGAUCCAAAAAAUGAGUAUUACUUGGCUCUCAGCAAGUUCACAUCCCAUCUAAAAAAUUUACAGUCAGAUUUGAAAAGGUGCUUUGACUUUUUUGUGGAUUAUUUGGUUCUUCUGAAAACGAGGAAUGCCCAAAAAGAAAUUGUGGAAGUCACGUUAAGCAAGAAAGUCAGUCGUUAUUUCAGGAAGUAUACAGAACUUUUCUGCCAUUUGGAUCUGGGUCUAUUACAAAGUAAAGGGAGUCAACUACUCCAGGAGGAGAACUGCAGGAAAAAGCUAGAAGCUCUGAGAGCAGAUAGGUUUUCUGGACUCCUAGAAUAUCUUAACCCAAACUACAUAGAUGCUGCGACCACCAUGGAAAGCAUAGUGAAUGAAUACAGCUUCCUCCUGCGGCAAAACCCAAAAAAACGCCUGACCAAGGAGAAGCAAAACUUCAUCUUGGCCAACAUUAUUCUCAGUUGUCUAAAGCCCAACUCCAAGUUCAUUCAACCACUCAACAUGUUAAAAAAACAGCUCCGAGAAGUCCUGCAGCUCAUAGAAUCAAGUCAUCAAUACUCAGACCCUUAUUUCUUGGCCUGCCUCCUGUUCUGGCCAGAAAAUCAAGAGCUGGAUCAAGACUCCAAGCUAAUGGAAAGGUAUGUCUCCUCCUUGAAUCGGUCCUUCCGGGGACAGUACAAGCGUAUGUGCCGGUCCAAGCAGGCGAGCACGCUUUUUUACCUGAGCGCGAGGAAGGGUCUCCAUGGGAUUGUUCACAAGGCUGAGAUAGAGCGGUAUUUCAGUAAAGUCCACAACACAAACUCCCUCUGGCAGAGUGGAGAUGUAUGGAAAAAAAAGGAAGUCAAGGACCUCCUGCGUCGUCUGGUUGGCCAGGCGGAAGGCAAAAUUAUCUCCGUAGAAUACGGAACAGAGGAGAAGAUAAAAAUACCAGUGACAUCUGUUUACUCAGGCCCACUCAGGAGCGGCAGGAACAUAGAGAGGGUGUCUUUCUACCUGGGAUUUUCCAUCGAAGGCCCUCUGGCAUAUGAUAUAGAAGUGCUUUAAGGAGAUGCAUUACCCGUGGUUCAAAUAUGUAGGCUUGUGUCUCUCCAUGAUUUUAUGAUUUUAUUCCCUAUCUCCAACCCCAUGGUCUUUCGAUGACAUUGUUGGCCUCUAAUCUUGGCCAACAAUGCCUCUCUGAAUGAAUUGUGAACCUUUUUAGGACACGAAACAUGUGACACACCGAGCUUGGCACACAGUACAAUCAAUCAUUGAAUGUUUUAAAUACAUGUAUUUAAUUAAGAAGUUUCCAUUGGUAUUCACUGGUCACCCCAUAGCUGGCAGGGCAAUAAAAUCUGUUUUAAA